CGGUAACCAUACAAAACGCAUUUUUAAAAAUAAUAAAUAAAUAUAAAAAAAAAGAAAAAAAAGUCGAGAAACGAGCGCGAAAAUCAACGUGAAUCACCAGAAAAUCAAAGUGGAAGAAGAAGAAAGAGGUUGUAGAUGAUUUCAGUGACGCCCACUCUGGUUCUGCUCAAAACACCGAGCUUCUUCUUCUGCCCCAACAAUGGCCGACCAAACCCUUGCGGAGCUUUCACUGUACGGUCGUCGUCUUCCAGCGUCCAAGAGAUCGACAAGUCUCCAUCGACGCCUUCGGAUGGGAGAGAGCUGGGCUCGGAGCUCUACGCGUCGGUGCCGUUCCCGGAGAUCAAGGCGGCGAAGCGGGUGGUACUGGUGAGGCACGGUCAGAGCACGUGGAACGAGGAGGGUAGGAUUCAAGGCAGCUCCAAUUUCUCCGUUCUCACCAAGAAAGGUGAGGCUCAGGCCGAGACUUCCCGCCAGAUGCUCAUGGACGAUUCCUUUGACGUCUGUUUCAGCAGUCCCCUUACACGAUCGAAGAAAACAGCUGAAAUUAUAUGGGGUAAUCGGAACGAAGAGAUAAUUACAGAAUUGGAUUUGAGAGAAAUCGAUUUGUAUUCUUUUCAAGGACUCUUGAAGCACGAGGGAAAAGCAAAAUAUGGUGCUGCUUUUCGCCAAUGGCAGGUAGAUGCUGCAAAUUUUAACAUUGAUGGUCAUUAUCCAGUGAGGGAGUUGUGGACUCGUGCUAGAACAUGUUGGACCAAAAUACUCGAACAUGAGGGUAGGUCUGUUCUUGUGGUUGCUCAUAAUGCUGUUAAUCAGGCUCUUGUUGCAACGGCUAUCGGAUUAGGAACAGAGUAUUUCAGGAUACUACUUCAGAGUAAUUGCGGUGUGAGCGUGCUGGAUUUCACACCAAGAGUUGAGGGUGGAUCACCAUUUAUUUGUCUUAAUCGUCUAAAUCAGACCCCAAGUUCACCAGUUGGAAGUUCUGGAGGAAGGAAAACCAGUAAGAGAAUAAUACUUGUCUGUCAUGGAUUCACAGAGACCAAUACUGACACCGGCCUUCCUUUUGCUGGGGAUCAAACAAUGAACAUGCUUGGUACCAUACAGUCCCAGAAGACUGCUGAACUACUUCUUGAUUUGAAAGUUAGCACUAUGGUUAGUAGUGCUAAGAAAGCUUGUAUUGAGACAGCAACAGCCAUCUCCAGAGUGCAAGAAGCUGCAGAUUGCUUGGGUGCUGACUGUGUGCCUCGCUAUGUGGAAAUGAAGCAGACGGAGAAACUUGAUGUUGAAAAUAUCCUUCAGCAGACAAAGAAGAAUGCAACAGAGUUUUCAUCUCUUCAGCCUGGUUGGUUCAAUGGGUUUGAGGAUACAGUCACUUCAGCAGUAUGGGAUCAAUCAGAGAAGGCUUGGCAGUAUCUGUUGAAUGAACUAGAUAAUGAAGGAGAGCCAGAAAAGGUGGUUGUUGCAGUUGGUGAUCCUGCUAUUCAUAUAGCACUGAUGGGGCAUUGUCUGAAUUUGACAAAGGAAUGGAUGGGAUCAUUUCAUCUUGAUGCAGGAAGCAUCAGCGUCAUUGAUUUUCCUGAUGGUCCUACUGGAAGAGGUGUCAUCAGGUGUAUAAAUUAUACAGCACAUUUGGGGAGGUGGUCGAUACCCAUCACAAGAUCAACCGUCGAUGAUGAAGAGUUUUAGUUUUGAUGUGAAUAUUUUGUAAUCAUAUAAGUCAAUUUGGAUUUUAUAUAUACCGAGUUUGACAAAAUGAAGUAAAUUUUUAUAUAUUUGUUAGGGAUGGGCUUUGAUUAUUGUAAAAAAAAAAAAAAAUGUAAUUUAUCUAUAACCCUCAUUAGACCAGACCAUCGGACCAAAUAUUAAAAAGAAGCAGUAAUUCUACACUUUACCAACAUUUUGAUGAAGAAUGAUAUGAUAUUAUGUAA